UUUCGUGGCAGCCACUGCAGGGGAGCCGUUGCUCUCUCUCUCUCUCUCAGGAGCAGCGAGCGAGGUAAAGGACUUCGAGGUAGCAAUGCACGGGCUUCUUUAACGUUUGACUUUGCAAUUGUUGUCGUGGUUUUAUGAAUAACCAGGCUCUUAUCUCAUGUUGUUCGCCACCACCAAUUUGAGCAAGUCGUCGGCGUGCCUUCGCUUCUCUUCUCGACAGAGUCAAUUUUUGUCCUCCCAACUGAGAAAAAAAUUUGUGCCCUUUGGUGAAAUACCCGCAUUGGAAGCUCACUAUAAUGAUUGCUUGUGUUUCGAGCACGCCCGAUGGUCUUCAAGGGAGAACCCCGUUGUCGUACUCCGCGCAGAGGUUUGGUUCCGAGGAUGCUCUGGUUUUGCUCCAAAAGUGUGCAAAUUUCAGGCAGCUCAAGCAAGCUCAUGCGAAGAUGAUCCGGAGUGGCCUGUCCAGUGACCAAUUGCUCGUCAGGAAGAUGAUUCAAGCCUGCUCUUCGCAUGGUAAGAUGGACUAUGCCACUUUGGUGUUUCAUCGCAUCGAGAGACCGCAAACCUUCACGUGGAAUCUUAUGAUUAGAGAGUAUACGAUGAAUGGAAGCUCGCGGCAGGCGAUUCUGUUGUAUAAUCUCAUGAUUUGCAAAGGGUUUGCUCCUGAUAAGUUUACUUUCCCAUUCGUUGUGAAAGCUUGCAUCGGUUUAUCGGUUAUUGAUAAAGGCAAAGAGGUUCACGGAAUGGCCAUAAAGGCGGGGUUCUCGAGGGACGUUUUUCUUCAGAACACUUUGAUGGAUCUUUAUUUCAAGUGUGGGGAUAAAGAGAGUGGGCGCAGGGUGUUUGAGAAUAUGCCCGUACGUAGUGUAGUCUCGAGGACGACCAUGAUCUGCGGUCUGAUUGCUUGUGGCGACUUGGAUGCUGCCCGAGGGACUUUUGAGCAGAUGCCCGAUAAAAAUGUUGUCUCGUGGACCGCAAUGAUUGAUGGGUAUGUGAAAAAUGGGCAACCUCAGGAGGUGUUUGAUUUGUUCCGGAGAAUGCAGCUUGAUAAAGUUGAGCCAAAUGAGUUCACACUGGUUAAUCUGUUGAAAGCGUGCAAAGAGCUGGGAAGCUUAAAAUUGGGUAGAUGGAUACAUGACUAUGCUCUGAAGAAUGGCUUCGACCUUGGGGUUUUCCUCGGGACAGCUCUUAUUGACAUGUACAGCAAAUGUGGUAGUUUAGUAGAUGCAAGACGGGUGUUUGAUGAGAUGCAGAUCAAGAGCUUAGUUACUUGGAAUGCAAUGAUCACUAGCUUAGGCGUCCAUGGUUGUGGAGAAGAAGCUCUUGCUCUUUUUGGCCAGAUGGAGGAGGGAAAUGUGGUGCCAGACGCAAUUACUUUUGUUGGGGUUUUAUGUGCUUGUGUACAUAUGAACAAUCUGGAGAAGGCAUAUCAGUUGUUUGUAAAUAUGAGAGAACUUUAUGCAAUCACACCUCUUCCAGAGCAUUAUGCUUGCUUGCUUGAAUUAUAUAAUCGCGCCACUAUGCAAGAUGAGGACUUUGAUUUUCUUCGCAACACGCAGAUGAAGCAAAACAAUAAUAUAUCGGCAGCAUUUUUGGAGGCAGAUAUUGCCCAAUAUGUUUCAAGUGCAGAUGGGAUUUUUCCUUCAAGUUUUGAAGAGGCCUAAAAAAUGGGUAGUAUCUACCACUGUCAGCUUCCCCACUUCAAAUGGGAUGUGGACUGACAAUUGACGUUUCCCUGCCAUGGUCCAAUGUAGUAUAGAUAUUGCCCGACCAAUGUAGUCAUUAGUAUAUAUAGUCUUGACUACCAGCUACGGCUUUCAUGCAGAAGUUAUGAUCCUAAAGCUCCCUGACAUGGCUUUAGCUGACAGUUAAAUUUUGUCUAUCGAAGAACCUUUUAAACCGUGUACAUGAUGGUUCUCAAGUUUCUGCAGCUUGGCUUGAGAUGAGAUAUGUUCAAUUAAUCACUUUUUGUUUCAAUCUCUACGGCUUCAGUGGAAUGGAUUAGUGUUGCUAAUCAUAUCCAUUAUUCUUUUUUCAGUUUCAUUGCACUA